UAAUUUGCUGAUUUCCUUUAUAAACUGUUUUCAUUUAGCCACACGGGCGAAAUAAACUUAUAGAGCUAAAAAGUUCUGUAUUGUUUCCAAAAUGCCACCAAAAAAAGCUCCAGCUGCAAGCAAAAAGACCGAACAAAAGAAGAAGGAGAAGGUCAUUGAGGAUAAGACUUUUGGUUUGAAGAACAAGAAAGGCUCCAAACAGCAAAAAUUCAUACAGCAAGUGCAGAAGCAAGUGCAGUCUGGCGGCCAGCACCCACGUACCGAUGUCGAUAAACGAAAGGAAGAAAAGGAGAAAAAACUGCUAGAACAGCGUGAAUUGGCGAAGAUUUUCCGACCUGUGCAAGCGCAGAAAGUGGAGAAGGGUACAGAUCCAAAAUCUGUGGUGUGUGCGUUCUUCAAGCAGGGCAGCUGUACUAAGGGUGAUAGGUGCAAGUUCUCACACGACUUGUCCAUCGAACAAAAGGCGGAGAAGCGUUCAAUAUACGUAGAUAUGCGCGAUGAUGAUCCUGAUGACAAUAUGUCCAAUUGGGAUGACGCCAAGUUAAAGGAAGUUGUGGAUAAGAAACACUCCGAAGAAAAGAAAAGACCAACCACGGAUAUUAUUUGUAAAUACUUCCUGGAAGCAGUUGAAAAAUCCAAAUACGGUUGGUUUUGGGAAUGUCCUAACGGCGGAAAAUGUAUCUACCGCCACGCUUUACCUCAAGGAUAUGUGCUCAAAAAGGAUAAGAAGAAGGAUGACAAACCCAGCGAGAUUUCCUUGGUCGACUUAAUCGAAAGAGAGCGUGCUGCAUUGGGCUCAAAUCAAACACGCGUCACGCUGGAAACGUUUUUGGCUUGGAAGAAACGCAAAAUACAAGAAAAGAAAGAUAAAAUGGCUGCUGAGGAAGAAAAGAAGAAAAGCGAUUUCAGCAAGGGCAAACAAUUUGGCAUUUCUGGUAGGGAAAUGUUCAGUUUCAAUCCUGAUCUUGUCGACGACGGUCCAAUGGAGGAUGGUGAUGCAGCAUUCGAUAACUAUGCGCGUUCAGAUGACGAAGACGCUAUGGAAUUCAAGGAAUUGGAUUUGACUGCACUUUCAUUGGCAGCACAAGAAGCUGAUGGAACGGGAACUGUAGCCUCUGAAUCGCGUUUGCAGGAGCAAUCCGAUGCGGCGGCGAAGCAGUCUGCAGAAGAGGAAGCAGCUGCGGCCGCUGCAGAAACAAAUGAUGAAAAUAGUACACCUGCGAAUGAUGCGGCACCUAUCAAUAAGGAACUUUUCAUGGGUCUGGUCGAUGAGCUAGAAGACUUGGAUAUUGAUGAUGAAGACGAUGAUGAUGACGACGACGACGACGACUAAACCACAAAAUCCACAAAUGUAAUUUUAUUGCGCCUUCUCUUAGUGGCUAAAAUAUCAGUUUAUUUAAUAGCAGCAAUUGCACGUGAUCUGCUAAAAAUUCAAGAGAAUAUCGAAGGUAAUUACAGUAACUAGUAGCUUUUCUGAAAUGAUAUAAUGUUGAAUUACAAAAAUUUAUUAAAACUACAAAAUUCCCUAUAAA